AAACAUGUUACUGUAACAUAAAUGAGCAAAGGACAUCCAAAGAUACGCUUUUGUGAAUGUGAGCCUUUGGCUGUUUAGAUUCAACCAGCGUGAUAUGGGGUUCUUGGACAAAGUGCCAUGGCCUUGCGAACCGUGCCAUCCUCGCCCAAAGACCAGCAUACCAAUGAGCGGCGGCAAGCCUCCACCUUGUCCUUGGGACAGCUGCAAGAAGAGCUUGCCCGUGUGGAGGACCUUUGCCAGUCUUGGCGGAUGGAGAUUGCCGCGCGAUGGCGGCUGGAGGGUGCAGGCAAAGCUCGCCGAUUUAAGGCGGAGUGUGCCAUCGAAGAGCGUACGCUGAAAGUACUAAGUGGUGCACAGAACCGAGAGGAUCUAGAAAGAAUAUGGCAGGAGCACCAGCGGUGCACCAAAGCAGCACGGGAUAAAGAACAGGGACUACGGGAGGAACUCUGUAACGCAAAAAGAGAUGCUCAGCAGCUUUCCCGUGGACUACCGGAGUUGUUGGAACGCCGCCGGUAUGAAGCACGGAAGCAGCGUCAGGGUUUGGAAGGGCUGCGUCGGAAGAACCGCCUUUGUGACUCCUCAGUGGAGGAGCUCAAGCAAACACUGGCAGACUUGCAGCGGCAAGCGAACGAUUUGCAAGAGAAAGCGGUGAGCGUCCAGGAUUUGCACAGCCACCACGAAACUCAAGCAGAGGAAGCUGAGUCCCAAGUGGAGGCUCUGAAGCUCCAUUGCUCCAAGAUGAAGCAGGGGACGGAUGAGCUGCACCAGGCGCAUGCCCCACGAAUGGAGCAUGCUCAGCGUUUGCGUGAGCAGAUCCCGCAGCUGCAGUCACAUGUUCUCCAUCUCGAGAACUCUUUGGCGCAGCAUAGGGAAAAGCUGAAAUCACAGGUGGAAGACACACAGUUGGCGCAUGACCUGGAGCUUCAAACUCUGAGAAGAAGCUUGCAAAUUCACUCACAUCGCCUGCAAGCAAAACAGGCGGAGAUGUCAUGGCUCCGGCACCUCGCAGAGUCUUUGGAACGGGACCUGGCCAGACGUCAGGCCCAGUCGAACCAGAGCUCACCGACAGAGCCGCAAAGUCCUUUGAGCACCAAAUGGGCUGUCUUUCUUCACUUGUCGUUGAGAUCACUGCUGGAGGUUUUUGUUGUUGUAGUUUUUCUAAGUCUUGGGCCUGUGGCUCGAAUUCUUGGCUCAUAGCCACUUAGUCAUAGUCAC